GCACCUAAUCCUAGGGUUUCCUUCGCUGCUUCCGAAGCCGGAGAUCGAUCGCCCUUCCACGAGAUGGAUCACGGAGGCGGCGGGGGCGGUGGGUUCCUCCGGAACGAGGCGAUCUCCGCCAUACAGGAUGAGGAGCAGUUCUACGGUGAAGACGACGACUAUGACGACCUCUAUAGCGAUGUGAACGUCGGCGAGGGGUUUCAUCAGACGUUCGACGAAAGAAAUGGUUCGGGGCCUUUCCAACCCGUGGAGGAGCGCCGGAGCGACCCGCCACCCCUUCCACCGCUGCCACGAGCUAUGCCUCCGCCGGUGCAGCAGCCGGUGGCUGAGGCUUCGGAGAGAGUCCAGAUUCCUGGUAUCGCGGAGGAACCUAAGAUCGAGCGACCGUUUGAUAGAUCUGGAGGUUUCCAAGACCAGGGUUUUAGAGGUGGCGUUGAGCCGGUGGUCCCGGCAAGACAGGCGGCGCCUCCUCUCCCUCCGCCGCCUCUACCAGCUGGUAGGCCUGACAUGGGCCAACCUUCUGGUGGAUUUUCACAGAUCCAGAGCCAGAACGGAAAUAAUAGUUUCCAAAAUGAGAGUUUUCAGAGGCAAGGAGGUGGAUUUGGGAACGACAAUUUCCAACGGCAAGGAGGUGGUGCAGGCAAUGUCAUAGCUGUUGGCAAUGCUAACGGAGGUGAUGCAGGCAGCGGUGGAGGAGUCGGUGGCACUACACUUUUUGUCGGGGAUCUCCAUUGGUGGACUACUGAUGCAGAUCUCGAGGCUGAGCUGUGCAAGUAUGGGCAGGUCAAAGAAGUGAAAUUUUUUGAUGAGAGGGCGAGCGGAAAAUCAAAAGGAUACUGUCAGGUUGACUUCUAUGAUCCAAUGGCAGCAACUGCCUGCAAGGAGGGUAUGAAUGGACAUAUUUUCAAUGGCAGACCCUGCGUUGUUGCCCUAGCAUCGCCUUUCACAGUCAGGAGAAUGGGUGAGAAUCAAGUGAACAAGAAUCAACAGGUAACGUCUCAGACCCAACCGCCUGCACCUCCCCAGAAGGGUGGUAGAGGAGGUGGCGGACCUUCAGUUGGUAACAAUUUUGGUCGUGGUGGAGGUGGUGGUUCUGGAGGAGGUGGAGGAAAUUGGGCAAGAGGCGGUGGAAUGGGGAACCGUGGGCCUAUGGGUAACAUGAGGAACAGAAUGGGUCCAGUUGGUGGAAGAGGUAUCAUGGGUAAUGGUGGUAUGGUUGCUCCACCACCUCCAGUUCUACAUCCUGGAGCUAUGAUCGGUCAAGGAUUCGACCCUAUGGGAUAUGGUGCAGCUAUGGGGAGAAUGGGUGGUGGUUUUGGAGGUUUCCCUGGAGGUGCAGCUGGAGCUCCUUUUCCUGGAAUGAUGCCUUCUUUCCCUCCAGUUGUGGCACCUCAUGUCAAUCCAGCUUUCUUUGGACGGGGAUUGGCACCUGGUGGUGUUGGGAUGUGGUCUGAUCCCAACAUGGGUGGUUGGGGUGGUGAGGAGCAAUCAAGCUAUGGGGAGGAUGCUGCAUCUGAUCAGCAAUAUGGAGAAGGUAGCCAUGGGAAGGAUAGGGUGGCUGAGAGAGACAGAUAUGGUGCUCCAGCAAGGAGACAUGACAAGGAGAAAGAAAUGGGUUCUGGACAAGAUUGGCCAGAGAGGAGACACCGUGAUGAGGGGGAAAGAGAUCCAGGGAGAGAAAAGGAAUUGAGUCGGGAGAGGGAUCGAGAGCGAGGGAGGGACAGAGAUAGAGAGAGGGAUAGAGAUAGGGAAAGGGAGCGAGAAAUUGAUCGUGAGCGUGAUAGACAUCGAGAUGACAGAGACAGACAUGGGGAUCGCUAUAGGCACAGGGAUCGUGAACCAGAGCGUGAUGAUGACUGGGCUAGAGGAAGAUCAUCUAGGCCUCGCAGUAAGUCACGGGAGGUUGAACAUUCAAAAAGGCGUCGACAGACACCUGAAUGAUUCAGGUCCUUUGCAACUUUCUCAACUCAGAAGAUGUGAAUUUAGUAGCUGCUUUCGCUUCUAGCCCUAGAUGCUUCUACUUGAGAAUUCUUGUAUGGCCUGGCUCAGUCACUAGACUGAAGAACUAGAAGACACCCUGGUCUCUUUAUCUUCAUUUUGGGUGACUCGCUGGUCGUCUCAGGAAUCAACCAAGUCAUACACAUAUCUGGUGCCUGGCGCUUAAGUUAAGAUGAACUCCCUGAUGGUGAUCUUUUAAAUGAUAUUUGGGACUUUUCUAGUGUGAUUAUUCUGCUGAGACAAACUUUUUGCUAAGAUACUACAUCAGUUAUGCUAUGCAAUCAGUCAUGGAUACAUUAUGGUAGUUUUAUGCAGCUUUUUAAGAUAAAUGAUUCAAGAUUAUGAAUCAGAUAAAUGGUGUGUGGUCCUUCAAGGGCAUGAUGGAUUUUAGCUCUGGCCAUGACACCCUGUGAUUGAUAUGUGAAAUUUAAUUGUUUUUAUACUGUUUGACUUUUUCUUGUUGUAA